CUUAGUUCUUGCAAGUUAACAGUCCAGACUGCACAUAUUCAUUCCUCUGCCAAAAGAAAGAACAAGAAAGGCCUCGGGAGAAUGUGGAGGCUUAAGAUAGGAGAAGGUGGCAAUGACCCAUAUUUAUACAGUACCAAUAAUUACUUGGGAAGACAGACGUGGGAGUUCGAUCCUAAUGCUGGCACGCCUGACGAGCGAGCUGAGGUUGAACAAGCUCGUCAGAAUUACUACAACAAUAGGAAACACGUCCCGCCCAGUUCUGACCUCCUUUGGCAGAUUCAGUCCUUAAAAGAGAAAAACUUCAAACAAACAAUUCCCCCAGUAAAGGUUAAGGACGGUGAGGAAAUAACAUUUGAAACAGCUACAGCUGCAUUGAGGAGAGGUGUUCAUUUAUUGUCAGCCCUGCAAGCAAGUGAUGGCCACUGGCCUGCUGAGAAUUCUGGUCCAAUGUUCUUCUUUCCUCCUUUGGCCAUGGCUUUGUACAUUACAGGGCAUCUUGACACUGUGUUCUCUGCGGAGCAUCGCAAAGAAAUCCUCCGAUACAUAUACUGUCAUCAGAACGAAGACGGCGGUUGGGGAUUACACAUAGAGGGUCACAGCAUCAUGUUUAGCACUGCUCUCAACUACAUUUGCAUGCGUUUGCUUGGAGAAGGGCCUGAUGGCGGCCAAGACAAUGCUUGUAAGAGAGCACGACAAUGGAUUCUUGACCGUGGUGGCGUAACAUCCAUACCGUCUUGGGGAAAGACGUGGCUUGCGAUAUUUGGUCUCUUUGACUGGUCUGGCUGCCAUCCCAUGCCCCCAGAGUUUUGGGUCCUUCCUUCCUAUUUUCCCAUUCAUCCAGCAAAAAUGUGGUGUUACUGUCGUGUUACUUACUUGCCUAUGUCGUAUUUAUAUGGGAAAAAAUUUGUUGCUCCGACCACACCUCUCAUACUACAGUUGAGAGAAGAACUCCACAUUGAGCCAUAUCAUAAAAUUAAUUGGAGGCAAAAGCGCCAUUUAUGUGCAAAGGAGGAUCUUCACUAUCCCCAUACUGUGUUACAAACGUUACUAUGGGACAGUCUUUACAUAUUUACAGAGCCUCUCCUUUCUCGAUGGCCCCUUAACAAGUUGAGAGAAAAGUCUCUUCAGAAAACAAUGGACCACAUUCACUAUGAAGACGAAUGCAGUCGGUACAUUACCAUUGGAUGCGUGGAGAAGCCCUUAUGCAUGCUUGCUUGUUGGCUGGAAAAUCCCACCGGAGAUUAUUUUAAAAAGCACCUUGCUAGGAUUGCUGACUACUUGUGGGUCGCAGAAGAUGGACUGAAAAUGCAGAGUUUUGGAAGUCAAGUUUGGGAUUCUAGUUUCGCUCUUCAAGCUUUGCUUGCUAGCGACCUUACUAACGACAUCAGGCCUACACUCAUGAAAGGACACGACUUCAUAAAGCAUUCCCAGGUCAAGGAUAAUCCUCCCGGUGACUUUAAACGAAUGUUCAGACACAUUUCUAAAGGAUCAUGGACCUUUUCUGAUCAAGAUCAUGGAUGGCAAGUUUCUGAUUGCACUGCAGAAAGUUUGAAGUGCUGCCUUUAUUUCUCAAAGAUGCCACCGGAAACUGUUGGUGAGAAAAUGGAACCAGAGAAAUUCUAUGAUGCUGUCAAUGUUAUAUUAUCAUUACAGAGUAAGAAUGGGGGCCUCUCAGGAUGGGAGCCAGCAACAGCUGGAUUAUGGAUGGAGUGGCUCAAUCCUGUGGAGUUUCUCGAGGAUAUUGUCAUUGAGCAUGAGUAUGUGGAGUGCACAGCAUCAGCUAUGCAGGCACUAGUUGUUUUCAAGGAGUCCUAUCCUGGACACAGAAGAAAAGAGAUUGAGAAAUGCAUUGCCAAAGCUGUCCAGUUUCUUGAAAACGUACAAAAGCCUGACGGUUCAUGGUAUGGUGGUUGGGGGAUUUGCUUCAUGUAUGGGACAUGGUUUGCACUAGGAGGUUUAGCUGCUGCUGGCAAGAACUACAACAACUGUCUGGCCGUGCGUAGAGGAGUCAAUUUUCUACUUGAAACACAAACAGAUGAUGGUGGUUGGGGAGAGAGCUAUCUUUCCUGUCCAAACAAGGUAUAUACACCUCUUGAAGGAAAUAGAUCAAAUUUGGUGCACACUGCAAUGGCCUUAAUGGGUUUAAUUCAUGGUGGACAGGCAACACGAGAUCCCAAUCCCCUACAUCGUGCUGCAAAGCUUUUGAUCAAUUCUCAACUACCAGAUGGUGGUUUUCCCCAACAGGAAAUGAAGGGAGUUUUCAUGAGGAAUUGCAUGCAACACUAUGCAUCCUACAGGAACACUUUCCCGACUUGGGCUCUAGCUGAAUAUCGAAAGCAUGUUCCAUUGCCUUCGAAAUGCAUUUGAAUGAAGCAGAUGAUAUCCAGGCAAAGACUAUUAUAAAUAAAGUGGCUGAAACUUACUAUUUAA